AUGUGUCGUAACGUGCNCCGUUGCUCCCAGAAGAAGACGUUUCGGUUGAAGGACGAGCCUUCGACGCGCGGGGGCAUGUUCGCGAUCGCGAGUGCUCUAACAAAAUCCCAGUUCCCUGUCUUCACGAUCUACGCCCAGAAGUCAUGCCUGGGAGUCAGGCCUUGCGAGCGCGCGUGGUGCUUCGACCGCGUCCGAGGGUACCACCUGAAGGGAAGAGGCAAGAGGACCCACACCGUUGGAUCUAGGCAGAUGUGCUUGGACCUCUGUCUAGGGGAGAACGAGUUUGUUUGCAGAUCAGCGAACUACAACAACAAGACUGGCGAGUGCGUGCUGUCAAACAUGGAUCGGAUCACCCUCGCGGGAACUAGCGCAUUCCAGCCUAAUGAAGACACCGAUUACUUAGAAAACAACUGUGUCGAGGAACCGACCAAACUGUGCGAGUUCAAGAAGAUGAGCGGUCGCAUCCUGAAGACUGUCGACUCCGUAUACCAAGACGUCCAAACAGUUGAAGAGUGUCGCGAGCUCUGCCUGAACUCGCCUUUCCGAUGCCAUUCGUACGACCACGGCGACACUGGUGACCACGUGUGCCGUCUGUCUCACCAUUCACGAGCAACUCUUGCUGAUAUCCAGGAUCCUUACUUGGAGGUGCCCGAAGCUGCCACGUACGAACUUUCCUCGUGCUACAACGUCUCCAUCGACUGCCGCGCUGGUGACAUGGUAGCUCGCAUUCAGACCUCCAAAUUAUUUGAUGGGAAAAUCUACGCAAAAGGAAGUCCGAACUCAUGCGCUGUCGACGUUGAACAGAGUCUAGAGUUUGAACUGACAAUGGAAUACUCAAACAUUGAAUGUAAUGUCAAGCAAAAUGGUCUCGGCAGAUACUUGAACGAUGUUGUAAUCCAACACCACGAUACUAUUGUUACAUCCUCGGAUUUGGGAUUAGCCGUCGCUUGCCAGUACGACUUGACAAACAAGACUGUCGCUAACGAAGUUGACCUCGGAAUCCAAGGAGAUGUCAAGACUGGUCUGUCAGAGGAGGUUAUUGUGGACUCGCCCAACGUAGCCAUGAGAAUCACCGACAGGAGCGGAGACGACACCAUCGCAUCUGCGGAAGUUGGAGAUCCCUUGGCCCUCCGAUUCGAGAUUUUGGACCCGAACUCACCUUUCGAAAUAUUUGUGCGAGAACUGGUUGCUAUGGAUGGCGUAGACUCCAGCGAAAUCACCCUUAUCGACAGCCAGGGUUGUCCUACAGACCACUUCAUCAUGGGACCUCUAUUCAAAUCAUCCACAAGCGGGAAGAUACUGCUGUCACACUUCGACGCCUUCAAGUUCCCGUCGUCCGAAGUGGUGCAAUUCCGCGCUCUGGUGACUCCUUGCAUGCCGACUUGCGAACCUGUUCAGUGUAACGGCGGACCAAACGAACUUCGCACCAUCUCAUCUUACGGCCGCAGGAAGAGGCGUUCGACGUCUGCAGCGCCAACCGAGAACAUGCUUCUUGUGCAAACGAUUCAGAUCACCGACAAAUUCGGAUUCGACAAACAGCGAGCGAAGAACGUUACCGAAGACUCAGUUUUCAUCAGAGAGACCGACGCCACUUGCGUCAACGCUGCGGGAGCGAUGCUCGCCGCCGCCGCCUUCCUGGCCGCGCAACUAGUCGUCCUAGCAGCGUGGACCUGCAGUUGGCAGCGUCGACGUGCGGCGGCGAAAGCGGCCGAGCUUCUCCCGGGCCCGACCGCUCCCUCAACCCUCUGCAAAGUCUACGAUGCCAGUUUCUCCCGUGCGCACCAGAGGCACUUCUGAGUAACUGUAGGCAUGUCGACGUGAUCAGCGUCCGCAAUAGUAGCAUAUAUAGUAGUUUAAAAACCCCCGUCGAGUCCAGGCUCGUGAGGCCGACGUUUCGCCGGAGAGACACGUCCACCUUUAACGAAGCGCAGGGCAACGAUAGCGGUUAUUUAAUGGUAUUGUCCGAGGUCUUCCGCGUGGUGCUACGUACGGGCGCGCGCGGGGGAGCGCGGCGGGGAGGCGGGGACGACCAGGGAGCGUGUGUGGCUGUGGACGGAUGCUAGGCGCUCGGGCGCUGUGUGACCGCGUUGUGGAGUGAAUGCGAACGCUCGCUUGUCCCCUUCUCCCGGCCCGCGUCGGCGGGACCGUGGCCGUGAGUCGUUAUCAAGAUCACGUCGCUCAUUCGUUCACUUUACGGUCGGAUGUCCACUCGGAGAUCCGACGACGUAUUGUACCAUAUUUUUUUAAAGUAGCCUAAGCCUGAUUUUAAUGAUAGUGAUAAGUAAAAAGUAACAUUUCAGUACCUUUUAAGUAGAUAACCGAACGUGCGACCUAAGUCAAGAGACGAUGGAUUGACGGCCGUCCCGACAUCGUAAUUUAUUUAAUUUAGCAUAGUUUCUUUUUUACGUAAUUUAUGUUUGAGGAUUGAAUUAUACCUAUUUAAUAAAUUCCUAAUAUAAAUGAAUACCUAAGCAAAUACAUGUAGCUUACUUAAACAUGUGCUAUCGUUUGCGAUGUAAACUGAAAGUAUUUUAUUAUGAUGCUAGUGCCUUAAAUUUGAAAUGUUAAUAAUAAAAUGCUGUAAUCAUUUUAUCUGUUUCAUCCGUCCAAUUUGU